AACAAACACUAUUUUGACAAUUGCGAAGUAUAAAACGAAAACACCCAACACGUUGUUGGACUCCAUUUAUUUCAGAUAAUUUGUAAAUUUUGUUUGCUAUAAAAAUGGUUACUCAGGAACAAGUUAAAUCCAUAGGUGCAGUGCUAAAUAACAAAGAGCGCCCACUAAAGGAGCGUUUUCGUGCUUUAUUUACAUUGAAAAAUCUCGGAGGUGCUGAUGCUAUUGAAGAAAUUAGCCGGGGAUUUACAGAUGACUCAGCCUUGCUAAAGCAUGAAUUAGCAUACUGUCUAGGACAGAUGCAGGACAAAAAGGCUAUUAAGAUAUUAACAAAUGUACUUGCUGAUGCUGGACAAGAACCAAUGGUGCGACAUGAAGCUGGUGAAGCACUUGGUGCAAUUGGUGACCCUGAAGUCAUACCAAUACUGGAGAAGUUCAAAGGAGAUUCUGUUAUUGAGGUUGCAGAGACAUGUACAAUUGCCUUAGAACGUGUACAUUGGCUGCAGAGUGGGCAAAAAGUAGAUGAUAACAAUCCCUAUGCAUCUGUUGAUCCGUCUCCUCCAGCGCCGGGCAACAAGAACGUUGACGACUUAAAAGCAAUAUAUUUAGAUGUUAAUCAAAGUCUGUUUGAACGAUAUCGUGCCAUGUUUAGCCUACGUAAUUUGCGAACCACUGAAAGUAUUUUGGCUAUCGCAGAAGGUUUGAAAGAUCCUUCAGCAUUAUUCCGACACGAAGUUGCUUUUGUCUUAGGACAAAUACAAGAACCAUGCAGUAUUCCUUAUUUAAGGCACAACUUAGAGGAUGGAAACGAAAAUGAGAUGGUUCGUCAUGAGUGUGCGGAAGCAUUGGGAGCGAUUGCUACGGAAGAAUGUAUAAAUAUACUCGGUCGCUAUGCGGACGAUGAAAAACGUGUUGUAAAAGAAAGUUGCGAGAUAGCGUUGGAUAUGUGCGAGUAUGAAAACAGCCCCGAAUUCCAAUACGCCGAUAGCUUAAAUAAACUGAGUACAUAAUAUCCCAAUUACAUGUACAUACAUACAUACAUAUAUAUAUAUAUAGAUAUAUAUAUAUAUAUAUAUGUUUAUUAG